AUGGGGGGGGGCCGCGGGGGGGCGCUGCGGGGCCGCGGCUUCUUCCCACAGGUGCCGGAGCCGCGACCUUCGUCUUCCUCCUCCUCCUCCUCCUCCUCCCGCAGCUCCCGCAGCCCCUCCCCCGCGGGGCCCCCCCGAGCCUUCUUCGUCUGCCCGGGCCCUUUACAGCGCAUCGGCGCUGCCACAUCCAGCCACGAAUCACCCCACCAAGCCGGCGCCUGGUGCCGGGACCCACUGCAAGCGGGCGAACGCCUCUACGUCCUUCCUUGGCUUCCCUACCGCACCGAUACCCUCACCGAAUACGCCUCUUGGGCCGACUUCCAAACCGGCCGCCACACCACCACCUACCGCCUUCCCCACCGCGCCGACGGCACCGGUUUCGUGGUCUACGACGGCGCCGCCUUCUACAACAAAGAACGCACCCGCAACGUGGUCAAAUACGACUUACGCACCCGCAUCAAGAGCGGCGAGGCCGCCGUCGGCGCCGCCAACUACCACGACACCUCGCCCUACCGUUGGGGAGGCAAGACCGACAUCGACCUUGCCGCCGAUGAGGACGGUCUAUGGGUUAUCUACGCCACCGAAGCCAACGGCGGCCGUUUGGUCUUGAGUCAACUCAACCCUUACACCCUCCGCUUCGAAGGCACUUGGGAGACCGCUUACGACAAGCGAGCCGCCUCGGACGCCUUCAUGGCUUGCGGCGUGCUCUACGUCUUACGGAGCGUCUACUUGGAAGACGACAGCGAACGCGCCGGCAACGCUUUGGUCUACGCCUUCGACACGCGGCGGCGACGCGGGCAAGCCUUGGCCGUGCCUUUCCCCAACCCUUACCAGUUCGUGGCGUCCGUGGGGUACAACCCCCGCGAUAACCAGCUCUACGUCUGGAACAACCACUUCUUGCUGCGCUACGCCCUCGCCUUCGGGCCCGCGCAAGGGGCUGCUGGUCCGGUGACAACCGCGCCCCCCAGCGCCGCCGCCCCCCCUCGCCCCACAGCGCCCCCCAGCUCCCCUCCCCCCAGCCCCACUGCUCGGCGCGGCCCCCAAACCCCGCGCCCGGGCCCUCCCCCCCCCGGCGCCCCUCCCCCCGCUCACAGCGCAGCCACCCCCGGGGGCCCCUCCCCCCCCCCGGGUGGGGCGGGGGGGGCGGGGCCUGGGGGGGGGGCGGGGCGGCUCUGCGAGGCCCGCGAGGUGCGCAGGGUGCAGUGGCCCGCGGCGCAGCAGGGGGUGGUGGUGGAGAGACCCUGCCCCAAGGGAACCCGAGGCAUCGCCUCCUUCCAGUGCCUGCUGGGCUUGGGGGUCUGGAACCCCCGCGGCCCCGACCUCAGCAACUGCACCAGCCCCUGGGUGAACCAAGUGGCACAGAAGAUCAAGAGCGGCGAGAACGCCGCCAGCAUCGCCGCGGACCUGGCCCGGCUCACGCGGGGCCCCGUCUACGCCGGCGACGUGAGCUCGGGCGUGCGGCUCCUGGAGCAGCUCCUCGACAUCCUGGACGCGCAGCUCCAGGCCCUGAGGCCGCUGGAGAGGGAAUCGGCGGGGAAGAACUACAACAAGAUGCACAAGCGUGAGCGCACGUGCAAGGAUUACAUCAAGGCGGUGGUGGAGGCCGUGGACAACCUCCUGCGUGCCGAGGCGCUGGAGUCGUGGCGGGACAUGGGGGGCGCGCAGCGGGCGCACACGGCCACGCUGCUGCUCGACGUCCUGGAGGAGGGAGCCUUCCUGCUGGCCGACAACGUCCGCGAGCCCGCGCGCUUCCUGGCCGCCAGGCAGAACCUGGUGCUGGAGGUGACGGUGCUCAACACGGAAGGGCAGCUCCAGGAGCUGGUGUUCCCCCAGGAAUUUGGGGGCGAAACGGUGAUCCAGCUGUCGGCCAACACCCUCAAACAGAACAGCCGCAACGGGGUGGUGAAGGUCGUGUUCAUCCUCUACAACAACCUGGGGCUGUUCCUGCCCACCGAGAACGCGUCCGUGCGCCUGGGGGGCGAGGGGGGCGCCCGCGCCCCCCCAUUGGUCGUCAACUCCCAGGUCAUCGCCGCCUCCAUCAACAAGGAGUCGAGCCGCGUGUUCCUCAUGGACCCCGUCACCUUCACCCUGCCCCACCUCGAGGCCAAGAACCACUUCAACGCCAACUGCUCGUUCUGGAACUACUCGGAGCGCUCCAUGGCCGGGCACUGGUCCACGCAGGGCUGCCGGCGGCUCAGCACCAACAGCACCCACACGUCCUGCGCCUGCAGCCACCUCACCAACUUCGCCCUGCUCAUGGCGCACCACGACAGCCAGCAGGGCCGCUUGGACGCGGUGCUGCUGUCGGUGAUCUCCUGGGUGGGCAUCGUGGUGGCCCUGGUGUGCCUGGGGGUGUCGCUGGCGGCGCUGUGCUGCCUGCGGGGGCUGCCCCCCGAGCGCACCACGACCCCCAAGCACCUCUGCGCCAGCCUCUUCCUCGCCGAGCUCGUCUUCCUCAUCGGCAUCGACAAGACCCAGUACCAGAUCGCGUGCCCCAUCUUCGCGGGGCUGCUUCACUUCCUGUUCCUGGCCUCCUUCUCGUGGCUGGGGCUGGAGGGGCUCCAGCUCUACGUGCUCGUGGCGGGGGUGGAGCUGCCCCCCCCCCGCCGCUGGUUCUACGCGGCCGGGUACUGCUUCCCCGCGGGGGUCGUGGCGCUGGCGGCAGCCGUGGAUCACCGGAGCUACGGCACUGAGAGCGCGUGCUGGCUGCGCGUGGACAAUCACUUCAUCUGGAGCUUCAUCGGGCCCGUGGCCUUCGUCAUCCUCGUGACGCUGGUGCUGCUGCUGGUGACGUUGCACAAGAUGCUCCGCCCCUCGGCAGCGCUCAAACCGGAUUCCAGCCGCUUGGAGAGCAUCAAGUCCUGGGCCCUCGGCUCCAUGGCGCUGCUGCUGCUCCUGGGUCUCACGUGGGCCUUCGGGCUCCUGUUCGUGACGCGCGAGUCCGUGCUGACCGCGUCGCUGUUCACUGCCUGCAACGCCCUGCAGGGGGCGUCCGUGCUGCUGCUGCACUGCGCCCUGCACAGGAAGGUGCACCGGGAGCUGAGCAAGUGCCUGCGGCACUCGGGGUGCUGCCUGCGGAGCCCCCCCGGCACCGCCAUGGGGGCCCUCAAGGGCGCCGGCACCCGCAGUGGGGCUCGAUACUACAGCGGCACCCAGAGCCGGAUCCGGAGGAUGUGGAACGACACCGUGCGGAAGCAGACGGAGUCCAGCUUCAUGGGGGGGGACCUCAACAGCACCCCCAGCCUCAACCGAGGUGAGACCCCCAGGGACCCCCACUGA